AAGGUAAGGAUUCAUUUAUGAGAAAGAGUGAACCUACUGCUUGUAGCUAAAACAUUACAGGAGACCUUAAAAAGGGGUAUAAUGGUCCCUAUGUGAAAUGAACCUGAAAUAUUUUUAUAAAUUAUUUGUGCAUGACUAUCUUUUGUUGAUAGCACUAGGAAGACUUCUAAUGUUUAAAUACUUUAUUUGCCCUCAAUUACUAUUUAAAAGUCCUAUAAUUUUAAGUAAUUUUACAGCUGACAAAGAUAAAUAUUUUUUUCUUUUAGUUUUUCUAAUGUCUUGGAGGUAAAGUGGAAAUGGCCUGUUUUGACACAUAAUUUCUAGAACUUGGAGUUAAUUUGAUCAGUUACAUUUGGGUUUUUUUCAGUUUCCAGUUUUGUGUUGUAUAACACUUCUUCCUGCUUUCAGUACUUUCUCAGUCUUGCAAAUAGUCUUUAACUUUUCAAUUUUGUUCUAUAAAUAUUUCUUAGUAACUACAGUUUCACAUUCACCAAUGUCAUGGAACUUCUGCUGAAUGCCAUGUGUGUCCCAGGCUCUGUGGAAACAGAGAUAAAUAUGUUUCCUUCUUUCAGUAAGUUCAGAGUUUGUUGCAUGAACCGGACAAGUCAAUAGUUAAUUGUUAAACAAUGUGACACAUGCUUUUAACAGCAGUAUAUACACUGGCAAACUCAGAUGAGUUAAGACUCACACUGCACGUAUAACUGGCAAUGCCUACUGGAGGACAGGACUGGAAUGAACUCUUGAGGAAUAAGUAGGAUAGGGGAAGGUAGUAAAAGCACAAAGGUUAGAUAUGUUUAGGUCCACUUGGGCAGUUAGAGAAGAAUAACAGUUUGGAUUCUAGUAAUAAUAUUAGGUCAUAUGGUAGACUUCGAUUAAAGCUUGUAUUAUUAUUAAUAAUAAUAUUUCUUGUGUUCCUAAUUUUAUUUGGGCUUUGAACUGCAGAUCUGUAUUAAUGUUGACCAAACUAUUAUUUAAAACUUUACCUUCAACACCUGUGAAAAGGGAAAAAUUUUCACCUAUUUUUCAUUACUAUUUUAAUUAAAUACAAGGAGAAUAUAUCAGUGUAACAUGGGGAAUAAUUCCCAGGCUUAGAACUUGGAUAAUGUUUCAAAAUCAUACUUAAGGCCGGGCCUGGUGGCUCACGCCUAUAAUCCCUGCACUUUGAGAAGCUGAGGCGGGCAGAUCGCUUGAGGUCAGGAGUUUGAGACCAGCCUGGCCAAUGUAGCGAAACCCCGUCUCUACUAAAAAUACAAAAAAUUAGCUGGGCGUGGUGGCAGGCACCUUUAAUCCCAGCUACUCUGGAGGCUGAGGCAGGAGAAUCUCUUGAACCCGGGAGGUGGAGGUUGCGGUAAGCCGAGAACGUGCUACUGCACUCCAGCCUAGGCGACAGAGUGAGACUCUGUCUCAAAAAAAAAUAAAUAAAUAAAAUUAAAAUAAAAAGCAAUACUUAAAUGUCUUUUCUCAGCAUUUAUGUAUCAUGUUAAGAGUAACAUUUAUGAACUUUCUUAGAAUUCAUGGUAAAGUUUUUUUUUGUAUAAUCAUUUAAAAUGUACUCUUUUUUGAGUACACUUUAAAAAACACUUUGCAUACUUACUUGACAGUGCCACUCUUUAGGUAAGUCAGACUGUAUGGUCAACAGUUAUACCCUAGAAGCAGGCUUUGUAAUUGUCUUGUAUGAUUUAAAAGUUCUCUGAACUUGAGAAUUGACUAAUUUUUCACGCAGUAUUUUUUGGGUUUUUUUGUUUUUAAGACAGGGUCUCUUUUUCACGCGUUUUUUUUGUUUUUGUUUUUGUUUUUGUUUUCAAGACAGGGUCUCGCUCUGUCACCCAGACUAGAGUGCAGUGGCACAAUCAUGGGGCUCAUUGCAGCCCUGACCUCCCUGGGCUCAAGUGAUCCUCCCACUUUAACCUCUCGUGUAACUGGACUACAGGAACUCUAAUGAAUCAUUGAUUGACCAGCACUAUUUUACCAGUUGGAAUGAAUGAUCAGAAAUGGGCAUAGUGCUUUUAGAUCCAACAUGUAACAGAUGGAUGUUACUCCAUGCUGAUUACUUCUUCAAGCCAGUACUUUUUUGAUUGUGUAGGAUCUUUGUCUCUUCAUCUUUGAAUUCAAUUACUGGAAAAUAAAAGGAGUUCAUGUAGUUUUUGUCCAGGCUUGAGUCACCAUGAGUAGUAGUUUAGGAAAAGAAAAAGACUCUAAAGAAAAAGAUCCCAAAGUACCAUCAGCCAAGGAAAGAGAAAAGGAGGCAAAAGCCUCUGGAGGUUUUGGGAAAGAGAGCAAAGAAAAAGAACCUAAGACCAAAGGGAAAGAUGCCAAAGAUGGAAAGAAGGACUCCAGUGCUGCCCAACCAGGGGUGGCAUUUUCAGUUGACAAUACGAUCAAACGGCCAAACCCAGCACCUGGGACUAGAAAAAAAUCCAGCAAUGCAGAGGUGAUUAAAGAGCUCAACAAAUGCCGGGAAGAGAAUUCAAUGCGUUUGGACUUAUCCAAGAGAUCUAUACACAUAUUGCCAUCAUCAAUCAAAGAGUUGACUCAAUUAACAGAACUUUAUUUAUACAGUAACAAAUUGCAGUCCCUCCCAGCAGAGGUGGGAUGUUUAGUAAAUCUCAUGACACUGGCUCUAAGUGAAAAUUCACUUACCAGUUUGCCUGACUCUCUUGAUAACUUGAAGAAGCUGCGGAUGCUUGAUUUACGGCAUAAUAAACUGAGAGAAAUUCCUUCAGUGGUGUAUAGGCUGGAUUCUCUCACCACUCUUUACCUUCGCUUUAAUCGUAUAACUACUGUGGAAAAGGACAUCAAAAACUUGUCAAAACUCAGCAUGCUUAGCAUUCGAGAGAACAAAAUUAAACAACUACCUGCUGAAAUUGGUGAAUUAUGUAACCUCAUUACGCUGGAUGUAGCUCACAAUCAACUUGAACACCUUCCAAAGGAGAUUGGAAACUGUACACAGAUAACCAACCUUGACUUGCAGCACAAUGAACUGCUAGACCUCCCAGAUACUAUAGGAAACCUGUCCAGUUUAAGUCGUCUUGGUCUGAGAUAUAACAGACUGUCAGCAAUACCCAGAUCAUUAGCAAAAUGCAGUGCACUUGAAGAAUUAAAUUUAGAGAACAAUAACAUUUCUACUUUACCAGAGAGUCUUUUAUCAAGUCUUGUGAAACUGAAUAGUUUGACCUUAGCUAGAAAUUGCUUCCAGUUGUAUCCAGUAGGUGGUCCAUCUCAGUUUUCUACCAUCUAUUCCCUCAACAUGGAACACAAUCGAAUCAAUAAAAUUCCAUUUGGAAUUUUCUCCAGAGCAAAAGUAUUAAGUAAGCUGAAUAUGAAGGACAAUCAGUUAACAUCACUUCCCUUGGAUUUUGGAACUUGGACCAGUAUGGUAGAAUUGAAUUUAGCCACUAAUCAGCUCACAAAGAUCCCUGAGGAUGUGUCUGGUCUCGUUUCUCUUGAGGUUCUUAUCUUAUCAAACAAUCUUCUAAAGAAGCUUCCCCAUGGUCUUGGAAACCUUAGGAAGUUAAGAGAGUUGGAUCUAGAAGAGAACAAAUUGGAAUCCUUGCCAAAUGAAAUUGCAUAUCUUAAGGAUUUACAGAAAUUAGUCUUGACAAACAACCAGUUGACCACUCUUCCCAGAGGCAUUGGUCACCUUACUAAUCUCACACAUCUGGGCCUUGGAGAGAACCUACUUACUCACCUUCCUGAAGAAAUUGGUACACUGGAGAACCUAGAAGAACUGUAUUUGAAUGACAACCCCAACCUGCAUAGCCUUCCCUUUGAGCUGGCACUCUGCAGCAAGCUUUCAAUCAUGAGUAUUGAGAACUGUCCACUCAGUCACCUUCCACCUCAGAUUGUUGCCGGGGGGCCUUCUUUCAUCAUUCAGUUCUUAAAGAUGCAGGGUCCAUAUCGUGCCAUGGUCUGAUAUAAAUCUGCUGGUCCCACACACUGUUCAAAAAUAGACUGCCAUUAAUGUUUCUUAUCUAUAUCUGUAUCUAUUUAUGUAGAUAUUGGUAUAUGGCAGAUUUAUAAAAAUUGCAUUAUGUGUUUCUGCUAAUAGAGGAAUCAUAGCCAUUUAGAAUUUUUUUAAAAUUCUGUACAAAAGGCUUAUAUAAGUUUUCUUUGCUGAAUUUGAUGGAUGUUUUUCUGUUGUGUAAUCUGAUAUGCCAGUUUGCUUAAAACAUUUGCCAACACAUUAUGAAGUUAUUAAAUUUAAGGGACAGAGGUAGUAUAGUUAGAUAUACUUUCUCUUAGGAAAAAUAAUGGGCAAAAAAUUUUGUUGCAACUUUUCAUAUAUAUUUUCCCAUUACCAAUUGUUGUAUCCUUAUAGUAUUGUAGGCCCUGAAAGUAGAAUUUUUCUUUAACUUAUUUUGAGAUUUGAGAUUUAAAUUUUAUGUAUUGUUUACAGUCAGAGUAAAUCACUGGAUUUCUUUUGUUUGUUUUGAUUUGCUCUGUUUUAUUCAGUCAAAUCUAGAGUUUGAAUCCUCUGCUAAAGAAUUUGCAUCAACUGGUGUAAACAGCGAAAGGUAUUUGCUUGUUGAAAAAAAAAACUGGCAAAGUGAAAAGAUACAGUCAAAAAUCUAGAAUUUCUUUAAUUUUGCUUCUCUGACGAGUUGUGAAGCAAAAUACCUGAAGUGAGUCUUUGGGUAGGGGAAGGGUAUUGAGACCUUUUCUAAUAUGAAUAUUUUUUAAGUUUGGGGGAAGAGAAACUUGUAGUGAAAAGGAGUUUUUUCAUUCCUGAAAGUUGCAGAUCCACAAAACUAACAGGAUAAUUGGGCAAAUAAAUUACAUAUAAACACACACAAUCUAUAUAUGUAUAUACAAUGCUAUAUAGAUAUGUAUUUAUUAUAUCAUAAACUACAGUAGGUAACUUUAAGGAUUUCUUCCUAUCCUUGUACAAUGACAUGAAUGUCUUUCUUUGAAAACUGCAAUGUAUGUAUGUUUCAAGGUUAUUUAACAGUGUACUAUGGUUUUAUAUCUUGACUUGCCUUGUACAUCUUUCAAUUCUGGAAUAUCUGUGUCUAAGCACAAUAUCUUCACACUGUGCUGUAUUGCUGCUGAACUAAAUGCACUUUUCCCCACAUAUGGGGCACUGGCUUCAAACAAUUCAGUUCAGUAUCAUUACUUUUAAUCUCAUCUUUCCUUUCUUGGUAGUUGUUAAUACAGUUAUGGAAAAGAGGCACAUUGCAUAGAAGCCAUUGGGGAGUUCAGUGGAAGUUCUGUAAGAUGUGCAUGUACUAUUUGAUGUAUUUUCUUUGCUUCACUGCUUUUAAUACUUAGCAGUAUUGUUGGUCUAAGUCAAUUUGAUUAUUGAGGAGUCUCAGAGCAAGGUGCGUUCUAGAUGUCAUCCUAAAAAACACUUCAUAUAUAAUUAAUCACUAUUUUGUAUAAUUACAUAUUGCUGCUUGUGUUUUUUUUUUUUUUUCCAUUUAGUUGGGCGUUGUGUUUUACACAAAACCAUUUUUGAAUUAAGGCUAUGAUAUUAAGAUAGAAAUUUGGACUGUUGUUCUGCUUUUCCUGGCACUCAAAUUCAUGACUAGUUUUGAGGUCAAACCUAUGUUCGUAAUUAGAGAUUUUAUAAGGAUCAACUAAGAAAUGGAAGGCAGGUGAAGAUAUAAAACCCUAGAAUGCUUAAAUGUGCUGUAAAACUAUUGUAGAUGUCACUGGAUUUUACCAAGUAAUAUCCUUUCUUUUUUUUUUUCCCCCCCCAUCUACUGUGGCUUUUCAGUUAAAAUUUUGUUUAUAAAAGGAAUUUGUUUAUUACAGCUCUACCUA